CGUCGCCCUGGAGCCGCAGAUCGCGGUGCCGCCGCCCGGACCCGCUCACAGUCACUGUGCCGCCGCCCGGUCGGGCCUAUCCCGCACCCAACCAUGUUCUCCUAUGAGUAUGUGACCCCGGAGCAGCUCGCCGGCUUCGACAAGUACAAGUACAGUGCAGUGGAUACCAAUCCGUUAUCUCUGUAUGUUAUGCACCCAUUUUGGAACUCUGUAGUUAAGAUAUUACCUACGUGGUUGGCUCCAAAUCUGUUGACCUUCUCUGGUUUCAUGUUACUGGUUCUUAAUUUUUUUAUGUUGGCCUAUUUCGACUUUGAUUUUUAUGCUUCAGGUGUAGGCCAUACACAUGUUCCCAGUUGGGUAUGGAUUGCCGCAGGUUUGCUGAACUUUACCGCAUAUACACUAGAUGGAGUUGAUGGGAAGCAAGCGAGGCGAACCAACUCCAGUACGCCUCUUGGUGAACUCUUUGACCAUGGUUUGGACAGUUGGGCCUGUAUAUUUUUUGUAGUUACAGUCUACUCCAUCUUUGGACGAGGGGAGGCAGGUGUCAGCGUCCUCACACUUUUCUUCAUUCUGUGGGUCGUACUGUUUUCAUUCAUACUGUCCCACUGGGAAAAAUACAACACAGGAAUUCUUUUCCUUCCGUGGGGAUAUGACCUUAGUCAAGUGACCAUCUCUAUUGUUUAUGUGAUAACUGCUGGAGUUGGGGUUGAGACCUGGAAUGGACCCAUCUUCCUUAAUUUUCAUUAUCGAGAUCUCUUCAGUAUCAUGAUCCUGGGCUGUGCCUUUAUCAUCACGCUUCCUGUUAGCUUGUAUAAUGUUUUCAAGGCAUAUAGAUCAAACACACUGAAGCAGAACUCAUUCUAUGAAGCCAUGCUGCCAUUUGUGUCGCCACUAUUGCUUUUUGGUCUCUGCAGCCUGUGGGUCUUGAUAUCACACUAUGAUAUCAUAGAGAAACAUCCAAGAAUAUUCUACUUUAUGGUUGGCACAGCAUUUUCUAACAUUACGUGUAAACUCAUAGUUUGUCAGAUGAGUAACACACGUUGUCAGACGCUCAGCUGGCUUCUCCUGCCCUUGGUUACUGUUGUAAUCCUGGUAAUCUCUGGUCUAGUACGAAACAAAGAAUAUCAUCUCCUUAUGAUUCUAACUACAGUAAUAUCACUUGCGCAUAUUCACUAUGGAGUUUGUGUGGUGAAUCAGUUGAGCAAACAUUUCAACAUCUAUGCUUUCUCUCUGAAGAAACUAAACAAAGAAUGACUAGAGGAGGAAGAGAAAAUUGGCUUACAGGCUUCUGAAGUAUUGUAAAGUGUGAUCAUUCCACAAGCCUGUUGAUUGCUUCAUACCAUCACCGCAAUCUGCACCCCACCCACCACCACCAUCAAUGGAAAACAGAACUUUCAGAUGGACCCUUCACAAGUAUUAAAAUAUUGUUUUAUAAGAUCUUUAUAAAUAAUUCAAAAAGUUUGAUUGAUUGGAGUUAAGUAUUUAAGUCAACUUUAAUUUGUGCACAAGUGGAGACCGACUGUGCACCUGGCUGGCACUGGAUAUUUUUGGUGAUGAUCCUUAAGGUUCUCUUAUACCUAUUGGAGUUUUUUGGUAGAGUAGAUGGUAUCCAAGAGAACAGGCAGCUAGUAACCGUUUCUUCAUACCUUGUGCAAAUUGACAACCUAGUCCUUGGGCAAAGCAAUUAUGUUAUGAUUUACUCGUUGAAAAUUUUAUUUUGGUCUUUCUUAAAUACACGCCUUGCAAACAAUCAUGGAUAGGUUAAAACCUCACUUGCCUUUGUAGUAUUUGUGUCAAAUUGAGCAAAAAUGACAUUGGAAAUUACAGAUUUUUAAAAUGAGGGGAUUACAUGAGAAUUCAGUAAAUUGGAGUUUUCUACAAACCAUGUUUGAAGGAUGGAUUUAAGGAACGCAUGGGUAUUGUUUGAGUAAGUUUUAAAAAAUUGCAUGGAGGAAAGAAAUGAAUUGGGUGAAAAUUUAAACUUGAUUCUUUCCCAAACAAAUCAAUCUCUGAAAUUAUUGUUCACUUUUUAAAAAAAUGUUUCAGAUGUUCAGUUUUGUGGUGAUGAAUGCAUGCCAAUUUUCUACUUUCUAGAUUUUUUUUUAAUUUAAUGGAGGAUUGUGCUUGAAUGAAGAGUUUACUAAAAGUCUUUGGACGAUGUAUACUUGGAGGGAAAAAGCACGAUUGACAGAAUAGUUGUGUUUAAUUUCGGUACAGAGAGCCACAUAAUUUGUACCUAAACUGUAGGAAAGGAACACAUUCUGUGUGUUUUCACAUGAUGUUCGCAGUCACACUAAAGAAUCUUCAAGACAAAUCUGCAGUCCUGUUUAUAUUUUAAGAACCUACAUACAGUACUGUAUUUUGUUAAUUGGUGUUGUAGGACCAUUAUGUUGUGGAGCACAAUUUAACCAACUGUUUCACAUAUGUAGUUAAUGUAUCCCUUUCACUGGUGAAGCUUGCCAUCAUAAAACAUAGCAAGAUUUAUUUUCACACUUCAGAUUUCUGUUUCUAAUAAUUUGGCCCAGAUGAAUAGUGCACCUAAAAUCGUGGAUUUGAGGUUAUUGAUUCUAUUGAAUUUAUUGCAUCAGUUCUGAAUUGGUUCCAGCCAGUUUAAAGCAGUUUACCAGAUCCCAACUGAAUUGAUCAUUAGGUUAAAAAUGAAUUUAAGACCUGUAUACUUGUAUAUAAACUGCAUUUUCCACCAGGUGCUGCUACCAUAAUGCACAAAUCAGAUCUCCAAUCAGAAAUUGGAUAUUGUAACUACUGAAUGUGAAUGGAUGUGUGUCUCAGGACAUGUACUAAUAUUUGUAAAUUCCAGUUGCUAUUCUUUGACCAACCCAAAUUAACCUGCAAUACUAAAUUGGAUGAAAGAAGUGAAAAUAUCCCACCUAAUGUUGCAUAUUGCUUUUUUGUUCAGCAGUAUCCACCUUCUGUGGAUUUGUAACUAUAAUCAUGUUUCCAAUUAUAGUUCAUGUUUUAGCUGUAAUGCUUAUUUCAGCUAUUUUUGUACAUACACAAUUGAUAUUGUUGAGGAGGAGCAUCUGAUGUUCUGCUUUUGAUGCAUUUCAGGAGGCUUGAAGCUAAAGUUUGGAACUUAAAUACCUAAGGAUUCAGUUCCACUUUCAAAGUUUCAAGCUAAAAAAAAACAACUUACAAAGUUCACUUCUAAUUCAUAUUCAUUAUCUUAUGGGACCCAUGACAGGUGAAAAUAGAUUACUGACCUGCAUUGCAUUUACUGAUCAGCACAACUUUGAAUAUUCAAAAGUCAUUUGUGCAAUAAUUCUAAAUCAGACCAAUUUUAUUUAUUUCAAUUCUUAAUUGAAAUUAAAAACGAGAUAUUGGGUCACCGUUGAAUCAUUUAUUUCAAACAAAACUACAAUGAAUUAACUCCCAGAAUUGAUCUGGCUGAUCUAAGUGGUCUAUACCAGCACAUACCAUCUGUGUACUCUCAAUCUAGACUUACUAGACAACCGUGACUACUUGAAAUGGUGCGAGAACCUAAUAAGGUACCUGCAACAUCCGUCUUUAAGAAGCCACGACUGGAAAGUGAUAAUGCAUGCACCUUUGUUUAAUACAGACUUAAAACAUGUCCAUGUCCAUUGUUUGGAUCUGAUUGUAAUUUAAUCAUCCUACUAAAAACAAUUCUUCAGAUAGCAUACAUGUGCUAUCAACUGAGAUGUUUACAUAAUUAUUGCAAGUACUAUUAAAGGAUCAGAGUUUGCAACUAUCAUGUAGCUGUGUAAAAUCAUUUUUCUUCCUGAUCUUUAUUGGCAAUUGUUCCAAUGCAUUGUAACUGAGCCUAGUAGAAGAUUACAAUAAUAAUCUGGAGUCAAUCACUGAGGCAUCUGCCAUUCUUAAAUGAACUCAGUCUUGCUAUAUUUCCAUAAUACAAAGCAAGACAUCGCUAGCCAACCAUUAUUGUACUUCUUUAAGUUGUUGCUUUAAUUUUUUUCCAAGGAUGAAAAAUAAAACUUGUCCAUUUGAAAUGAACGAACUAGAUACACAUGAAGCCUGUUUGAUAUAAAGAACAGCUCUGAUGACAUUACAGAUACAAAUAGCAUGACCAAUGUGACAUCAAAACCACAUCAUUGACAGAAAAAUGUUCUGACAAUGUGCUGUUUACAACAAAAUAUCUUUCAGAAAAUAGUGAUAAGGUUGCCUUUUAUGUACCUUAAAUCUAUGUAUAUAAUAAAUGUUUUUGGAAAUUAUGAA